CGGGCCUCUUUGAAGUUCCUCUCAAUCUCAUCACCGCCCAAUUGAGCGAAAAGGGAAAUCAAAGAGAUGUCGGAGCAACUCCCACACGAUCUUCAGAUUGAAAUCCUGGUAAGACUACCCGUGAAAUCACUUUUACGAUUCCAAUGUGUUUCCAAAUCAUGGAAAUCUUUGAUCCGUAGCACUGAUUUUAUAUCCAUGCACACCAACCACAAUGAGAGCAUCAACAAUUAUGCUCACUUAGUUCACGGUUCCUUAUAUCGGACUGACAGUGGGGAGGAGAUAGAAUCGAGAUGUAAAUUACACCAGUUCGAUGAUUCCUUCAGUGAGUUUCAAAAAUUUGAAUAUCCAUCCCAAAUCAGUCAAUAUGUUGAAGAAGUCCUUGAAUGUAGGGGAUUGAUACUUUUUAAUACUCCACCCGUAUUUUUUGGUAAUCGUUUGAAACCCUUUAUUCUAUGGAACCCUGCUGUUAGAAUGAGUAUGACUCCCCCUAGACCUUGCAUUCAUGCACCCUUCGGCAACUACUUUGUUCACGGAUUCGGUUUUGACCAUAAAAGUAAUGAUUACAAGGUACUCAGAAUGGUGUAUGUAUCUCUUGGUAGAUUAACACUUCGGGCGGAACUGUUUAAACUCUGUACGGGCACUUGGAAGACUGUUAGUGUCAGCGACGACUUUAACUAUUAUAUACCUGCUUGGCCUAAACAGGCUUUCGUGAAUGGGGCUUCCCAUUGGGUUGGUCAUCGUUCAGGAUUCCGUGAUUUGGCAGUCCUGUGUUUUCACAUGUCCGACGAAGAAUUUCGAUUGAUAAAGCUUCCGGAUGUUCUAACUACAGUAGUUUACCAUUUAAUUUCUCUUGUGGUCUCUGGUGGAUUGCUCUCUUUGAUAUACUAUAAUGGAGGAGAUGGCAAUGAUGUGAGUGAUGCAUAUGAUAGUUGUUGCAUUUGGUUGAUGGAAGAUUAUGGCGUAAUAGAGUCUUGGACUAAACAAUGUACUAUUGAUUUAAGGGAUUGCGGAGGGGUGGGUAGGACAUUCAGUUUUAGGAACAAUAGAGUUCUGCUUCUAAUUGAGACAGAGAGAACAAAUCUGGUCUUGUAUGAUCUCAAGACCAAUAGAUUCAUUAAUCUUGGAAUUAGAAAUAAGGGCUAUGAGCUUUGUAUGAAUACAUACAUAGAAAGUCUAGUUUUACUCGAUCAAGUAAAUGCUAUACCAGAUCAGUACGAGACUUCUUCAAGGGAAAGGAUACGGCUCACCAAAUGGCUCGAGAAGGCAUAGCAAUCAUUACUAACUACAAGAGGAGAGGGACAGAUGGAAGAGUGAAAGUACCUGGUUUUACUUGAUUGCUUUCUUUGCUUCGAAUAAGAUUAUAUUUAAAUUACACGCAUAAACAAACAGUUGACUUCGGUUAUCCUUUCUCUUAUUUGCAUUUCUGGUUUAAUUGUAAGUUUAUUUU